AAAGCUAAACGCGACCUCACAUCCCAUACCGCUGUAUCUCUCGGCCAUCUAUAAUUCCUCAUGUCAUCUUCCGCCAUAGAAGCAAUCGACCGCGAGCACCCUGCUCUCUCGCGCCUGCCGCCUUGGACGCUGGAGAAGCUCUCGCCCAAUGCCGUCCGCCUGAUCAAACAAGUCCACCACUUCGUUGAGACGGAAUGCAUUCCUGCGGAACCCAUCUUCAAAGCGCAGCUGGAGCAGUAUGGGCGAUGGAAGUCGCCGCCGCUCAUUCGCGAGUUACGUGGCAAGGCCAAAGAAGCCGGCCUGUUUAAUCUCUUCCUUCCGAAGACGUUCGGCCAUCUGAGCCCUGGCCUCACGAAUCUGGAGUAUAGCUGUUGCGCCGAGAUUAUGGGCCGCUGCUACUGGGCGGCGCAGACGAUGAAUUGCCACGCGCCGGAUACGGGUAACAUGGAGCUGCUCGCCAAGUACUGCAAUGAGGAGCAAAAGGAGAAAUGGCUUAUGCCUCUCCUGCGCGGCGAGACGUACAGUGCGUAUAGUAUGACCGAGCCCGACAAAGCGACCUCCGAUGCUACCAACAUUGCUUGCCGUAUCACGCGCGAUCCCAACGAUCCCGAGACGCUGAUUAUCAACGGAAGAAAGUUGUACGGCAACUGCAAAUGGAAUGACGAAUUGGGAUUCUACAUCCUCAUGGCUUGCAGCGAUCCAGACAACCCCGAUCCGUGGAAGCGACACAGCACAGUCAUCGUACCAAAAGACACCCCAGGCUUCCGCAUGAUUCGCAAUCUGACUAUCAUGGGGUACGAUCACGCCCCCGACGGACACGGAGAAUACAUCUACGAAAACGCCCGGGUUCCGGCGAAGAACAUCAUCCUGGGAGAAGGACGGGCGUUUGAGAUUGCGCAGGGCAGGCUGGGUCCCGGGCGAAUCCAUCAUUGUAUGCGAUUGAUUGGUCAGACGGAGAGAGCGUACGAGUUGGCUUUGAUCCGCGCCACCGAUCCCCGAAAGAAGCCAAGAGGCAAGUUGAUCGGCGAGUUCGACUCCAACAUUGAAAGGCUGGCCAAUAUGCGUCUACGUCUCGAUAGUCUGCGGCUGGUUGUGCUGAACGCUGCGCAUACCAUGGAUGUGUACGGGAACAAAGCUGGGCGGUACGCCAUUGCACAAAGCAAAAUUCUCGUUCCGGAGAUGGCGGUGAAGAUUAUCGAUGAAUGUAUGCAGAUGUAUGGCGGCCAGGGUCUGACGCAGCAUAGCCCGCUGCCGGAGAUGUGGACGUAUGCGAGGUUUGUGAGAAUCGCUGAUGGACCGGAUGCUGCACAUCGACAUCAAGUGGGUCGUGAUGAGCUCAAGACGGCAUCUCGCAUCAAGAAGCGGCAUGAUGAGUACCGCAAGACAUGUGACGAGUUGUGUCAAAAGUGGAAGGUGAAGAUUGAUACUCGUGAUAGUCAUCUAUGAUGUGCGUAAGAUGCACGU